CUCUAUUCUCCUCAGUCCUGUAACAAUGUCUGCUCUCCGUGCCUUUGCCUCGCCUCUGCGCGCUGCCAUCUCCCGCCCUUGUCUGUCUGCCGCCCGCCCGGCUUUCUCCGCGCCCGCCGUCAGACAUCUCGGCAUCCCGCCUUUGAUCCCCCAGCCUCCUGGCGGAAUUGUCGGCACGGUCAAUGACGCUGCCAAGGUCCCCCCUCCCGACAAAUUCCACGGCUCCUACCACUGGACCUUCGAGCGUAUCAUCGCCAUCGGCCUGAUUCCUCUCACCGUCGCUCCCUUCGUCUCCACCACCGCCUUCUCCCCUGCCAUUGACUCCAUCCUCGUCUCGUCCCUCCUCGUCCACUCGUACUACGGCUUCCAGUCCUGCAUCAUCGACUACAUCCCCCUCCGCGAGUUCGGAAAGGUGCACCACGUCUGCAUGUACCUGCUGCUUGCCGGCACCGUCGUCACCGGCUACGGCUUCUACAAGCUCGAGACCGAGGACGUCGGCUUGGCCGGUACUAUUGCCAAGGUCUGGACUGCGUAAGUGUGUUAAUGACCGACAGAUGAAUGUGAGAAAUGGAAAACAGAUACUUGACAUUUUUGUAUAUCAACUUCGGAAGACUACAGAAACUGCCAAUUUAACAUGUGAUGGGAGUCGUGGGCUGAAUUUAUAAACCGUUUUUUAUUUGUUGUCUUGUUUGCAGUUACAUUGUUUGUGGUAACUAGUUAAUGCAUCUACUCGUUGAAGAUAUCAACGCUAUAGAA